AUGGCGCCGGGCGGGAGGGGGGCCUCCCGAGACUCCCCCGCCAUGCUGCAGGAAGAAGAAGGCCAGGGCGAUGCGGCGCCGACGGGGUUAAUCCGGGACGCGGCAGCCGAGCCCGGGCAAGAGCCGCAGCCCGUCAAGGUCAGGUCUCCUUUGCCGCUGCACCGGAAAGUCUGCUACGCCAUUGGCGGCGCGCCCUACCAGCUGACAGGCAAUGCCCUCGGCUUUUUCCUCCAGAUAUUCCUGCUCGACGUCGUGCAGCUGGAGCCCUUCCACGCCUCUCUGAUCCUCUUCCUGGGGCGCGCCUGGGACGCCGUGACGGAUCCGGCCGUGGGAUUCCUGGUCAGCCGAAGCCCCCGCAGGAGAUGUGGUAAACUGAUCCCCUGGAUCGUUGCUUCCACCCCUUUUGGGGUUUUCUUCUACUUCCUGCUCUGGUUCGUCCCUUCAGACUCGCUCUCGGUGUCGCUGAAGUUCUUGUGGUACUUGGCGAUGUACUGCCUCUUCCAGACGUGCAUGAGUUGCUACCAUGUACCGUACUCCUCCCUGACGAUGUUCCUGGGCGGGGAUCAGAGAGAGCGGGACUCGGCCACUGCUUACAGGAUGGGUGUGGAGGUGUUAAGUACCCUGGUGGGGUCGGGCAUCCAAGGCCAGAUCGUUGGCAGCCACCAUGCAAGCAUGCAGAAGAGCUGUGAUGCGGAGAAUGGCACCCUGGGCAACGGCACCUCCCUGCUCACCGACACGCUGGAGAACACACGCAGGUCGUACCUGGUGGCUGCCACGGUGCUGGGAUCCCUCUAUUGCCUGUCCUGCCUGGUCCUCUUUUUCGGCGUGAAGGAGCAGCAGGUACACCAUCUCUUUCUUGCAGGCCCACUCAGCCCUUUGGGAAAGGCCAGUCAGCCCUUCUUCCGGUGCCUGCGGAUCAUCCUGAGCCACCGAUCUUACGUCUGGCUUCUUUGUGGUUUCUUGUGUGCCUCGCUGGCCUUCCAGCUCGCCCAGGGGAUUUUCGCCUUUUUCUGCACACAUGCGGCAGGGCUUCCUGGGACCUUCCAACACCUGGUACUCAUCAUGCUGGUGGUGGCUUGCCUCUCCAUCCCCUUCUGGCAGUGGUUCCUGGUCAAGUUUGGGAAGAAAACGGCUGUUUUUGUAGGUCUGUCGCUCAUCAUCCCAGCCCUCAUCGUCAUCACCCUGGUGACCCACAACUUCCUGGUCUUCGCUUUCAUGGUGGCUCUCGCCGGCUGCAGCCUCUCCGUUCUCUACUUGUUGCCAUGGUCGAUGCUUCCGGACGCAGUGGAUGACUUCAGACUCCGGAACCCCACCUGCCUCAACCUGGAAGCCUUUUUCUACUCCUUCUACGUCUUCUUCAACAAGUUCGCCGGAGGGCUUUCUCUCGGCGUUUCGACCAUGAGCUUGCAUUUUGCAGGCUACAGUGCCAAAGACUGCACCCACAACCCCCCGGUCAUCCUCACCCUGCGCAUUCUCAUGGCGCCCAUCCCCAUCGCCCUGCUGCUGAUGUCCAUGGCCAUGUUCUGCUCCUACCCCAUCAAUGAAGAGAGGCGGAAAGAGAUCCGGCUGGAAAUGGAGGCGUCUGGGUAAGA